AUGGUUCUCGCAGUCGAUCUCCUCAACCCCACCCCUCAGGCCGAGGCCCGCAAGCACAAGCUGAAGAUGCUUGUCCCCGGCCCUCGCUCCUUCUUCAUGGACGUCAAGUGCCCCGGUUGCUUCACCAUCACCACUGUCUUCUCGCACGCCCAGACCGUCGUUGUCUGCGCCGGCUGCUCCCAGGUCCUUUGCCAGCCCACCGGUGGUAAGGCCCGCCUGACCGAGGGCUGCUCUUUCCGCAGAAAGUAA